UUCGAUAACUGUUUCAUUAAACAUAUGUCCUAUUUGAUCUUAGCUCAAAGAUUUGAUUCAAUUGCAAAAACUUAUACCUGAAAAUCAGAAUGCCUGAUAAAAUUAAAAAGUAUGACUACCCUCACUCUCCAACUGGGGGAGUUAAGCCGAUGAGCAUAAGAGGUAUAUUUGAAAGUGAACGCUGUAGACUCUCGGAAGAAUUCACUGAUGAGGAACGCAAAUGGAGAAAACAGUGGAUAAAAGAUCAGCAACUAUCUCCUAAUGAACCUAGACCAGUUCCUCCUGAAUGGAUAAAAGAAACACGAAAUCCAAUUCGUAGAUUUGUUUCGAAGCCUUGGCAAAUUCUGGAAGACCGAAUGUCUGUAGUAACCGGGAAAGGAUUUGCUGCUGGUUUUAGAUACGUGGUACCUAAAACAUUAGUGGGAAUUAUGUCAAUAUAUGUUCUUUGGUAUCAUCUUAAAUACAAUCAGAAUGAUUGGACCAGAGCUUAUGGUCCGACUAUAAUGAUGCCAAAACCUGUUGCUUAUCCUGGAGAUAAAAAUUAUCCUGUAAAAAGAGAGCGAUUUCAUCCUAUUGAUUAUGAUGAUCGUGGCUUCAAAAAUAGAACUGUCUUUUUGUAAUGUUAUAAUACUUCAAAAGAAUUAUUACAAGUAGCGUUUGUAACAUAGUUAGAAGUCACUGAUAUAUGAAUAAAAAAAUCAAUUAAUUGAACUUUGAAGCAUGACAUACGAUUUUGAUAUUUAGCUUUUGUUUGAUCUUGAUAUUAAAUGCGCCAUCUGAAAUCAUAAUGCUUGUGAUGGAAUCCAGGAAAACUGUAAAGCGGAAAAGGAUGCAGAGUAAAAAAUAAAGUGUUGGAAAAUUGAGUUUUUUCUUUAAAAUACACAAGUGUUAAAUGACCACAAGUUAGUGAGACAAUACCUUAAGUUUCGUUUCUACUGUUUUGUAACAUGGACUGAAAUUAUUGUACACAAAUCCUAUCUGGGUGGAAAUUAUUUUGUGACUUAAAACAAAAGUGGAAAACAGUCAGAUGUGAGUUUUAUCUUAAAUGGGGGCAUUAUAUUAAGUAAUGCUUGUUUGUAAUUCAUAAUAAAUGUAUGUAUAAUUUUUUGAAACAUA